UUAAACAAUUGGGUUGAUCCCCUCACCUUCGAUGAGCUUCCAUUUCAAGACAAGUGGUUUUCCACACAGGUUUGGAACCACCGCAAAUCCAAAACAGGAUAGUCAAAAUGCACCAAAACACAAGAGGGGUUGGUCGUCAUUACCAAUCCCCCCCGGGACCAAAGUAGUAACCCACUUAAUAGAAGGCUUGUCUUAGAGUCCAUCUCCCUGUGCAGUGCCUGAACACAGGGAGUGCUUAUCAACUUCCCUUCAGCCAAAGAAAGAAGUUUGGUUUGCUUGAGCACUUACCGUGGGUGGGGCCCGUUCUUUACAGCAGAGGCCUACUAGAGAUCAAAAGAGUCAAACCACGCUGUCAUGAAGCUUUAUUCCAGUGAAGAAUUAGACAAUUAGGGAACCAAUUAGAAGGUUCUCUAUCAGGUGUUGAUAAGAACCACAAGGGAAAAUAAAGCAGGGCGCAGAGAUAGCCUGCUGUGACAAGGAGCAGGUAGAGGCUCUUGUAUUUAGGGUCCACGGGGAAGGCAUAUCAGUCAGGCUGAGCCAGGAUUUGAUGGUGCUUCAAACAGAAGGAAUUGACUAUACAGAACUGAUCACACAGGGGACGAAAAAAUUGAAAUCCACACUCGGUCAUCAUAACAUGAGGAAGAGCAGGACACACAGAGGAGGGUGGUGGUGUUACUGGAGCCCAGGAGCUGUGACCACCUGGCUGGCACUGCAGCCAUGCUGCACCUGGCCAGUAGGGCUGGGUCCAUGGAUGCGAGGUCAGCGGGAGCUGGAGACUUGGAGCAGACGCAGUGGUUUUCAGCGAUUUGACCUGGAGAGGACAUGCACCUUGGGUUCUUCUUCCUUCCUGCUUUCAGCCAACAGUCUGCCAGUCUUGAGCUGAAUCCACAGGAUCCAGUGGGCAUGGAAAUCCAGGAUAUGUGUGCCAGCAAGCAAAUGGCCAGCUUGAAGGGCUUCUCUGGAAGGUAACAUGUGGAAAGACAAGUGAAGGAAGUAAAGGCAUGAGCCAUGUGGACAUCUGUCAGAAGAGGAGUCCAGGCAGAAUUAGAAGCAAGGGUGAAAACCUAAACCAAAGCCAGUUCAGUGUGUUCCAGGAAGAUCCAGGAAGCCAGAAAGAUUGGAGCUAAGUGAAUAAAGCCUGGAUCAAUAGGAGAUGAAGGUAUCUAAGAACUGAUUGUCCACCGCUAGAACCCUAGAUGUUCAUCAUGAGAUGGAGAGACGGUUUGGAAUUUGCAUAGAGGAUUGACAUGAUGUGACUUUUAUUUCCAAAGGAACCCUCUGCUUGAUGAUGACUAUAAGAAGCCAAGGUUGAAGCAGGAGAUCAAUCAAGGGGCCCCUGAAAUAGACCCUGUGAGAGGUGGUGGUGCCCUGACUAGGGUGUAGCAAUUAAGCUACCAGGAAGUGGUUCACUGUUGGGUACCCUUCAAAGGUGUGGAGAACAGCUUAGGCAGGACCAGCAGCAGCUCCUGGAAGGACUCUCUGAGCUGGACAUCCAGAUGGGGGGCGUCCCCUCUCAGUUGCUGGUACACGGGGCCCUGGCCUUCCCUCUGGGGCUGGAUGCCUCCCUCAACUGCUUCCUGGCAGCCGCCCACUAUGGCCGUGGCCGGGUGGUCCUGGCUGCCCACGAGGGCAUGCUCUGUGCUCCCAAGAUGGAGCUCUUUCUGCUCAAUGCUGUGCGCUGGCUGGCCGGAGACCAGAAGGGCAAAAUUGGGGUGAACACGAGUCUAAAAGAUCUGCAUCCCCUACUGCUGAAGCAUGGCCUGCCGUGCAAGCUGGAGUCCCAUCUGACCGGUGACGUAUGUGUCUACUGCUGCAAGGCUUACAGUGACAAAGAGGCCAAGGAGCUACAGGAGUUUGUGGCCGAGGGUGGGGGGCUGCUGAUUGGAGGCCAGGCCUGGUGGUGGGCCUCCCAGAACCCAGGCCGCUCCGCCUUGGCCGCUUUCCCUGGCAAUGUCGUCCUCAACCACUUUGGCCUCAGCAUCCUGCCUCGAACUCUCAGCCCAGGCUGUUUCCCUGUCCCUACGCCUGAGAUGAGGAGCUACCACUUCCGAAAGGCCAUGUCUGAGUUCCAGACUGUGCUGAACCACGGCGGUGGGAACUUAGAAAAGAGCAGUCUGGCAAAGCUGGGAGCAGACGGUGCCGCCUUCCUACAGAUUCCUGCACAGGGCGUUCCUGCGUAUGUCUCCUUGCACCGGCUCCUGAGGAAGAUGCUGCGACGGUCGGGCCUCCCAGCUGUGAGCAGGCAAAAUCCAGUUGCCAGUGACUCCUGUGCAGCCACCAUGCUCUGUCUGGCCACAGAGUUGGCACACUCUGGGACUGACUGCUCCCAGCUGGCUCAGGGCCUUGGCACACGGACCUGCCCCUCCCGUGUGCAGGCUUCUGAAGACCCCGUCACGGUGGAGAUCAAUGGAACCAAUCCAGGCGACGGGGAUUCCUGGGUGAGCACUGGGCUCUACCUCUUGGAAGGACAAAAUGCAGAAAUCUCCCUGUCUGAAGCUGCAGCCUCUGCCGGCCUGAAGGUACAGAUCGGCUGCCACACUGAUGACCUGACCAAGGCCAGCAAGCUCUCUCGAGCCCCUGUGGUGACUCACCAGUGCUGUAUGGACAAGACCCAACGAUCAGUCUCCUGCCUCUGGGGUGGCCUCCUCUAUGUCAUCGUGCCCAAAGGCAGUCGACUUGGCCCUGUGUCUGUCACCAUCAAGAGGGCUGUGCCUGCCCCGUACUAUAAGCUGGGUAAGACAUCUCUGGAGGAGUGGAGGAGCUGUGUCCAGGAGAACCUGGCUCCCUGGGGAGAGCUGGCCACAGACAACAUCAUCCUGACGGUGCCCACUGCAAACCUCCGGGCCCUGGAGGACCCCGCGCCUCUGCUCCGCCUCUGGGAUGAGAUGCUGCAGGCCGUGUCCCGGCUGGCCGCCCAGCCUUUCCCUUUCCGCAGACCUGAGAGGAUUGUUGCCGACGUGCAGAUCUCAGCCGGCUGGAUGCACUCGGGGUACCCCAUCAUGUGCCACCUAGAGUCGGUGAAGGAGCUCAUUGAUGAGACGGCCAUGAGAAGCUCCGGCCUGUGGGGACCCAUCCACGAGCUGGGCCACAACCAGCAGCGGCAUGGGUGGGAGUUCCCGCCCCACACCACCGAGGCCACCUGCAACCUCUGGUCCGUCUACGUGCAUGAGAUGGUCCUGGGGAUCCCCAGGGCCCGGGCCCACCCUGCUUUGAGCCCUGCCGAACGAGAGAAGAGAAUCAAGGCACAUCUGGCAAAGGGAGCCCCGCUGUGUGACUGGAACGUGUGGACAGCCCUGGAAACAUACCUGCAGCUGCAGGAGGCCUUUGGAUGGGAGCCUUUCAUAGGGCUCUUUGCUGAGUACCAGACCUUCUCUGGCCUCCCCAAAGACAACGCUAGCAAGAUGAAUCUAUGGGUGAAGAAGUUCUCUGAAAAAGUGCAGAAGAAUCUGGUUCCUUUCUUUGAGGCCUGGGGCUGGCCUGUCCAGAGGGAAGUGGCUGAGAGUCUGGCCUGCCUGCCUUGUUGGCAGGAAAACCCCAUGAGAGUAUACAGUGGCACCUGCAGGUAAAGGGCAUCUGCAGCCAGGAGGGAGACGAGGAACGAUCAUACCGCCAUGUGCCGGGAUCUCCCAGUGCCUUGACUGGUGUCCUUCUUCCCAGCCUGCCUUCCAGGUGGCGGUCAAGGCCACAAGACAAAACUGAACCGACUUUCUCAGGAACGUGCCUUGUGUUUUUUUUUAUUUUUUAUUUUUUAUUGUUUGGUUGGUUUUUCCUCCUAUCUCCACACUCAGGGGCAGACUCACUUAACCAUCACACAGCUCCAGCAGAGGUUCUGGACCGUGGGUUACCAUGAGAACCUGGUAUGGCUCCCUCAAACCUGCUGUCCCUAAGUAGGGGACUUCUUCUUCUUUGGGAAAUUUUCUGAUAGCAACAGAGACAGGCUGGUGUCGUGGCGGGAGCCCUGAGCCCCUUGGUUCUAUGCAUAGACACCUGCCCUCUGUGUUUCUGCGUUCUCCUCCAUGGCUCGGGGGUAAGAAUGCCCUCCUACGGGCUCUGGUUGGAUAGUGGUGGCCAAGUCUGUGCACAAACACAUCCUGCAAAUGUGAGGGUGGCCUUAGGUUUCUCCUGAUCCCUCAGAGGUCUGUCAGUUAAGUUUAGUGUGGAUAUUCUGAGCACAGAAUCUCACAUUGGUGUCGACCCCCCAAGGUUAACAUUCAGCCCUUGCAGAAGGACGUUUAGAGAAUAUCAAAGUUGCUCCCGGACGUGGUCUCAGUAAGGAUUAUUUUUGUUAUCUGAACCCAGCCUACACUUUUUUCUCCCACCUCCGCAAAGAUUCUCAGGUAAAACUAAACCAAAGAAAAAUGGUAUACACUCCAAUAAAAGUUACAGAGCUAUUGGUGUUUGAUCUUUUGAGUUAGUUCCACCUUCUGAUGCUUUUUAACUUCUACCAAACACCAAUGUCACUUUAGCAGUCCCAGCCACGUUCCUAUUUGUUCUUAGACUAAAGCAGGCAUCUGAGUCCUCUGAUUACCCUGGAAUGGAGGCACCGUGUUGGUGGUGAGGCCCACAGACAUGGUGGGCUUCCCUCUGGAACAAGAUGCCUGGGGACAGCAGAACAAAUCCUCAGUGAACCCCCAACCCAGCUCCUCCUGAGCCUUCUCUUGAUCUUGAUCUGACCUAUCCUGACUCUUCCAUUAGGGAGGCUUCUAAUUGGAGAUUUGCCUCUAGGAUCAAUGGGUGUAUGCCUAGCCAUUUUUUUUCAACCAUGUCUUUGAUUGUUUUGUAGAUCAUUUUGUCAGCUCCACCGAGAAGAGAGGAGAACUAACCCAGAGAAGGUCUCCUCUGAAUUCCCUCAGCUCAUCCUUCUCAGGUCGAGGAUAACUUCCUUGCAUAUCACUGGUGUCCUUUGCCCAGUGCUUUGCAUGUGAAAUGUGCACAGAAAAUACUUGUUAAUUGAAAGAACAGUAGUGACCCCUGACACAUAAUGACCAGUGUUAUGGUUUAGAUGUGAGGUGUCCCCCAAAAGCUCAUGUGUGAGAUAAAGCUAGAAGAAAUGAUUGGGUUAUGAGUGCCUUAACCCGAUCAGUGAAUGAAUCCCCUGAGGG